AUGGAGUCUACUAUUGGGGAAAAUGAAAAGUGGGUGGCAACAGUUGAUGAUAUGAUAAACUGGCUUUGGCACAAGGGGAACUAUGAGGGGCACGUUGGCUGGUCUGCAGAAAGAAAUCCAGAUGGUAUUUUUGGAACUUCUUCUCAUUUGGGGCCACGCGACAUGUGUAUGUCGAUGAUCAACAUAGGGGGGGAUGAUGACGAGCUACAGCUGAGUUCUCGUAUGAGCACAGGAAUCAACGAAGGAUUUCGAGAAGUUGUAGAUAGGAAGGCGCAUGAAGAACACGUGAAAAAUAUGAUCAAGAAACAUAUAAAACUUAUUCCAGAGGCCGUUCAAGUAAUCGAUCAACGGCUUUUGAAGACGGGGGUAUCCGCGGAGGAGAUCGCGUCUCUCAGCACCGGGCGAGCGACGGAUGCAUACAAGAAGUUGACCAGGUUGGACGAAGCGACAGGGAAAUGUGUUCCGUCAACUAGAUUACAAUUUCGUGUUAUGUCUGAUCUUCUACCAGGCGAAUGGAUGGCAUUUGAUAUAUACCUUCCUAGGUCUUGCCAGCUAGAAGACUUUGAGUGCGCAAUGCUGCGCCAUGGCCUCGUGAUGCAUUUGAACCUUGCAGCAUUGCCUUCGGAUGAUAGUUUACCUGCAAAUGUGGUAGAUUCUCAGGGAGCAUCCCUGGCUAGAAGUGGAUCCCAAGCCCUUGUCAAGAAGCGGGGAUGUUACCAGAAAGUCUGGGCCUACAAGAUAGCUGAGCGGCGGAUUAAUGAUGAUGAUGCAAACUUGAAGAACUUAGAGGGUUGGAAAGCUCUCUGUGAUGAGGCUGAUUUUGGGGAACUCAUGCAGGCGCUUCUAGGAGGGGAAUCAAAACAAACGAAAAUGGCGGUUGUUUGUCAUGAAACAACCCUUGAAGCCAAGAAGACGGAAAAGGAAAGACCUGCUGACCUCGACGUGGCGACCAAACUCAAAUAUUGCACGUGGGAUGGUAAGUUGGACGACUACACCGACAGGGGAGACAAUGUGCUGAUACGGCGCCUGAGUAAUCCCGUUUCCCUCUGA